AUGGGGUGGCUGUCCCAUGGCAUCGUCCCCCUCGUCGCGUGGUGCUUCGUCACCUUCCAGGCGGACAACCGCUGGGCGCGGCCGGUGCCCAACACCUCCGACGUGGUCAUCGUGAAGUUCGGGCUCUCCAUCGCGCAGCUGAUCGACGUGGAUGAGAAGAACCAAAUGAUGACCACGAAUGUCUGGCUGAAGCAGGUAGGCCUCAAAUCAAGACUGACACCAGUCCUGAGAGUCCGCGUCCUAUUUUAGAGGGGAAACCCUUCAUCCUCCUUUGACCUUCCACCUCUCCACCCCUGCAGUGCCGAUGGGGAGUUCGCUGUGACCCACAUGACGAAGGCCCACCUCUUCUCCAAUGGGAAGGUGAAGUGGGUGCCGCCCGCCAUCUACAAGAGCUCAUGCAGCAUCGAUGUCACCUUCUUCCCCUUCGACCAGCAGAAUUGCAAAAUGAAGUUUGGCUCCUGGACAUACGACAAGGCCAAGAUCGACCUGGAGAACAUGGAGCACCACGUGGACCUCAAGGAUUACUGGGAGAGUGGUGAAUGGGCCAUCAUAAAUGCCAUCGGCACUUAUAACUCCAAGAAGUAUGACUGCUGCACAGAGAUCUACCCCGACAUCACCUUCUGCUUCAUCAUUCGUCGCCUCCCGCUCUUCUACACUAUCAAUCUCAUCAUACCCUGCCUGCUGAUCUCCUGCCUGACCGUGCUGGUCUUCUACCUGCCCUCCGACUGCGGGGAGAAGAUCACCCUCUGCAUCUCCGUCCUGCUUUCCCUCACUGUCUUCCUCCUGCUCAUCACGGAAAUCAUCCCGUCCACCUCGCUGGUCAUCCCACUCAUCGGCGAGUACCUCCUCUUCACCAUGAUCUUCGUCACGCUCUCCAUCAUCAUCACCGUGUUCGUCCUCAACGUUCACCACCGCUCCCCCAGCACCCACACCAUGCCCUGCUGGGUGCGGAGCUUCUUCCUCGACUUCAUCCCUCGCUGGCUCUUCAUGAAGCGACCCCUGGCACUGCCUCCCCCUGAGGGGACCGCGGGGCAAUACGACCUCCCGGGGACGAGGCUCAGCACCUCCCGGUGCUGGCUGGAGACCGAUGUGGAUGACAAGUGGGAGGAAGAGGAGGAGGAGGAAGAGGAGGAAGAGGAGGAGGAAGAGGAGGAGAAGACGUACCCCCCCCGGGUGCCCCCCAAGGGGGAGGAAGAGGAGGAGACAGGCUCGGACCGGGGGCUGAUGCUGUCCCCCAGUAUCCUGAAGGCCCUGGAAGGGGUGCAGUACAUUGCGGACCACCUGCGAGCAGAGGAUGCUGAUUUCUCGGUGAAGGAGGACUGGAAGUACGUGGCCAUGGUGAUCGACCGCAUCUUCCUCUGGAUGUUCAUCAUCGUCUGCUUGCUGGGCACCGUGGGGCUCUUCCUCCCGCCCUACCUGGCAGGGAUGAUCUAG